AUGGCGAAGAAGAAGAAAUCGGCUCGGAAGCCUGUGACUCGCUCGGUUACUCAGGGCUUGCCUUCAAUCCAAGAUGCGACUGCUCAGGAAAGAUUUGUUGUUGAUGAGAUGCUUGUGGAUGGUAUCGAUCAGACGUCAGGUUUGCCCCAAAAUGCUGAAGAGAAGGGUUUGACGGAAGGUGAAACAAACCAGAUAGAUGAGCACACGACUGCUAGAAUGGCUUUGCCAUCAAGCUGGGCAGACUCAAAUCUUGAAUAUGCUGAGCCUUUGAUUAAAGAUGGUACGAAUAUUUCUCUAGUUGAUAUUGAUGAAGUGAAGUGCCAAUCGGCUAAUUGGAGUUCUGCUGUCAUAUGUAUGGUUCUUGGAGCUAAUCCUCCAAUGGCUGUUUUUGAAGGGUUUAUCAAAAGGGUUUGGGGUCAUUUAGGGAUUUCUCAAAUAGCCAGGAUGACAAUGGGUUUGACUAUGGUCAAGUUUAACGAUGAUGCUACAAGAGAUCAUGUUUUGGAAACUGGCAUUCUUCAUUUUGAUAGGAAGCCAAUUAUAAUUCGACCAUGGUCCACAGAUCUAAGUGCAAUUCAAAUGAUCCGUUCAGUGCCUCUUUGGAUUAGGUUACAAGAUCUAGGCCUUCAAUAUUGGGGUAGCAAAUGCCUCAGUGCCCUUGUUAGUACGAUAGGCAAGCCGAUAAUGGUGGACAAAUUUACUCGUGAGCGUACAAGAGUUCAGUUUGCUAGGAUCAUGGUGGAGAUGGAAAUCACAGAUAAUCCUCCUAGGACAAUACAAUUUUUGAAUGAGCAUGGUCAGUUAAUAGAACAAGGGGUAGACUAUGAAUGGUUGCCAGUGAACUGCAAAACUUGUGCGGGUUUUGGUCAUUCUAUGGUUGACUGCCGUAAGGAGAUGAAAAUUCAGGGGAUUAAGAAGGAUAUUCCUUCCAGGAUUCCUCAUGUGGUAGGGAGGGACAAGGAUGAGGAAGCUGGUUCUGAUAUUCCCUCUAGGAAUCCCUCUAUGGAAGGGAGGAUGGAUGAGAAAGUAGCUGCUGGUAUGCCUAGGAAUGUUUCUGCGGUUCCACCAGCUCCUAAUGGCCAGAAUGUGAGUGACAAGGGUUGGAAAUCACCUAAGAAAGUGGUAUAUAAACAUGGGACAAUAGAGAGUAACAAGAAGAGGACUAAUAAAGUGGCAGUUAAGUCAUGCCAGAAUCAGUCCAACUAUUUUGUGGUUCUCCAAGAAGAGAUAGAGCGGGAGAAAGGAGGAUUUGGUGAAGCUAGCUCUUCUCAUGGAUAA